GGACCGGGGCACCGGCAACCCGGGUACCCGGGGUACCAGAACCCCCGGGCAUUGCAGGGGUCAGCAGCCUGGGGUGCGUCGGGGACUCGGGGCAUUGGCAACCCGGGGUGAGAGGGCAACCGGAGCAGCGGCAUGCAGGGAUGAGCGGGGAAGCGAGGCACCGACAUCCCGGGGUAAGCGGGGAGCCGCCGUGCCAGCAUCCACGCUCCGGGAUGCUGCUGGAUGCCGGGGUGCAGGGACACUCCUCCCCGUGCCUCUGCGGGCGGGGGUAGGGGAGUCCCUGGCCCCGGAGCCUGCCUUCCCCGCGGGCUGCAUUCCCCCUCCCGGGGAACGGAGCACGGAGGUCCCUGUGGAGAGCCGUGCACGCUCAGCGUGAGACCUGGGAGUGGAGGCUGGCACAGCGCUGGGCUGUUGGUAGUCACCCUCUCCCGCACCCGAGGCGAGCAGGGAGUCCCCCGUCAUCUCCAUCUCCAGCCCUGAGCAUUCUGGUGGCCUCUCAGCAUAGAACAGCAGCUUGUGCUCUGCCUGCAGGGAGCAGCCAGCAGUGGGAAUCCCCCUUGCAUUCUCCCCUCUUCCUGCCUGGCAAACUCCCGCAUCGCCCAAGGCAGGGCUUGGACCUGAGCAUCUUCACGCGGAUGAGCACAGAGACGCUCAGCAAUGGGGAUGGGGCUCUGCAGGGGCAAUUUUGGAUGACCAGAAGGCAGAUGUCUCCCAAGUCCUGUCCCAGCAUGUGGGGACACCACCUUGCAGGAGCUGGGACGCCACCCAGCCCCAUGGGCCCCCUCAGGUACUCAGCAGGAGACUCCCAGUCCUACCCUGGUCUCAUGGAUAUCUUGCACAGGAUCUCCUCAGUGGUCUGCAGCCACCAGCCCUGCACACCUGGGACAUGCACGGCCACAAGCCCCGGGUGACAGGGCAUUUAGGGUAGGCUACAGGCAAAGGAUAAGAGGUUCUUCCUCCUCCUUCACGCAUUUCUAAUGGCUCCUUUGAGACAAGCCACACGACUCCCUGCUGGGAAGCCUCGCUGAGCUGGUGUUUCUGCCAGGAGCACCCCUCCAGCCCUGCUGUCUCAUCCACAGGUGGAACCCGCUCCUGCUCUGCUGAUCAUGGUCAACAAGACCUUAAACUACUGGGGUCCCAGUUUUGAGGAGGACGUUAUCAACAUCAACGUGGGCGGUCUGCGGCGGCGGCUGAGCUCCAGUGCGCUCUCCAAGUUCCCCGACACGCGCCUGGGCCGGCUGCUCUCCUGCGACUCGGAGGAGUCCAUCCUGCAGCUCUGCGAUGACUACGACGUGAGCGCCAGGGAGUUCUACUUCGACAGAAACCCCGGCUUCUUCCUCUACGUCCUCCACUUCUACCAGACGGGCAAGCUGCACGUCAUGGAGGAGCUGUGCGUCUUCUCCUUCUGCCAGGAGAUCGAGUACUGGGGCAUCAACGAGUUCUUCCUGGACUCCUGCUGCAGCUACCGCUACCACGAGCGCAAGCUGGAGAGCAGGCACCACAACUGGGAUGAGGAGAGCGAGGUGAGCAGCGUGGACACGUCCCCUGAUGAGAUCUCUGACAUCAACCACGACCUGCUGCGCUACAGCACCCUGCGCUGCGGCAACCUGCGCAAGCGCCUCUGGCUCACCAUGGAGAACCCCGGCUACUCCAUCCCCAGCAAGCUCUUCAGCUUCGUGUCCAUCAGCGUGGUGCUGGUGUCCAUAGCCACCAUGUGCAUCCACAGUAUGCCCGAGUACCAGGAGGUGGAUGAGAAUGGCAACGUGCUCGAUGAACCCAUCCUGCACAAGCUGGAGUAUUUCUGCAUCUCCUGGUUCACCUUCGAAGUGUCCUCCCGCCUCCUGCUCUCACCCAACCCCAGGAAGUUCUUCAAGCACCCACUGAACCUGAUUGACAUUGUGUCAGUGUUGCCCUUCUACUUCACCCUCCUGGUGGACGUGACCAUGGGCAGUGACUCGGAGCUGGGCAACCUGGGCAAGGUGGUGCAGGUGUUCCGGCUCAUGAGGAUAUUCCGGGUGCUGAAGCUGGCUCGGCACUCCACCGGACUCAGGUCACUGGGGGCCACCUUGAAGCACAGCUACAGGGAGGUGGGGAUCCUGCUGCUCUACCUGGCUGUGGGGGUCUCUGUGUUCUCUGGCGUGGCCUACACUGCUGAGAAGGAGGAGGACGUCGGCUUUGACACCAUCCCGGCGUGCUGGUGGUGGGGCACGGUCAGCAUGACCACCGUGGGCUACGGGGACGUGGUGCCCGUCACCGUGGCGGGCAAGCUGGCGGCCUCGGGCUGCAUCCUGGGGGGCAUCCUGGUCGUGGCGCUGCCCAUCACCAUCAUCUUCAACAAGUUCUCCCACUUCUACCGCAAGCAGAAGGCGCUGGAGGCGGCCGUGAGGAACAGCGGCAAGAAGGAUCCAGAGGAGGGCGGCAGCGACUCCGAGGCCCUGAGCGAGACCUCCCUGGACAGGCCCAGCCCCGAGCGCCGGGGCCUCACCCCCGGGGCCCAGCCCAGCCCCUGAG